GAAAAUUUCGUAUUAUAGGGAAGUAAGUGUAACAAUAACGUUCUUUCAAAAAGCAUAAUGGGAUCGUCACUAGUUUACUUAGUAACAAUCCUGCUAUGCAUAAACUACGCAAAAUCUGAAGUUAGAUUUGAAAUAAUCAACACAGAGCCAGGCACGAUAUGGAUAGGGAUCCAGGGCAACCAUGGACAUCCCCAUCUGAGUGGUGGAGGGUUCAUAUUAAACAGAGGCCAAAGGAAAACUGUAAGGGCCCCAGAUAACUGGGCUGGCCGAUUUUGGGCGAGAACCUGGUGCGAUUCUCGCUCCAAGCACUGUUUAACCGGCGAUUGUGGAAACAAACUGGAGUGUCACGGGGCUGGUGGAGUACCCCCUGUAACCCUCGUGGAGAUUGCUUUGAAACAGUGGGCCGGAUUGGACUACUACGACAUUUCUUUAGUAGAUGGAUACAAUGUUCGAGCUUUCAUUGAGCCGGUAGGUGGACACCGCAACGAAGUCCUAGGAGGACAUUACAGUUGCACUAGAGCAAAAUGUCUUUCGGACGUAAACGCAAGAUGUCCAGAGGUCCUUAAAGUAAAACACCAAGGACGUACGAUUUCAUGUAACUCCGCUUGUAAUAAAUUUAACACCGACCAAUACUGCUGCAGAGGACGAUUUAACCGUAAAGAGACUUGCAAAAGUAGGACUUGGCCAGUGAACUAUCCUGCCUACUUUAAAAAGCAGUGUUCUGAUGCUUAUAGUUAUGCCUAUGAUGACGACAAGAGCACGUUUACUUGUAAAGCCAGUCACUACCGCAUUCAGUUCGGACCUUAGAGAUUUUACAUGUAUAUUACUAAUCAACGAAUAUAUAAUAAGUAGCAUUUAAUUAAAUAA